GUGGAGUCUCAGCCUAGAUUGUGAGUUCAAAAUCCUGCCGUCAGCCAUAAACUCACAACCUCUGAGUCCGAGGCAAGAGUGCCACCAACUACCGUGUAGCUUUGAUGAGAAUAAAAACAUACAGAAGUGCCAUCCUUUGGGAUCGACCUUGGAGAGCUCCGACUUCCUUUGAAGGUUCUGAAGCAGUCCUCUUCCCAUCAAGCAUGGUAUUUUCUACAGCCAAGAGACAACGGCAAGCCAGUGAAACCAGCUGAUUUGGGUUCAUUAAAGCUGAAUAUUGUUUAUACUGACAACCAUGUUUUCCUUUCACAUUUCUGUGAUCCUUUGAGAGAUCUUUUAUUGAAGUCUCCAGAUGUUGAGCCUGUUUCAGCGUCGCGGUGAAGUGUGCCGCGAGAAACAGGAGGCCGCAAUGCCACUCGACAGAUUCUUCUUACAUUGUGGCAAGAUUGUAUCCUUUAUUAAUGCGAUUGCCAAUGUUGAAGUAAACAGGACGCUGGACCCCAACACCAUCUUCCGAGGAAACUCGUUGACCUGGAAGUGCAUUGAUAAGACUAUGAAACUAGCAGGGAUGCAUUAUUUACAAGUUACAUUAAAGCCAAUCAUCGAUGAGUCUGAAAACACACUUUGCCAGACGGUUCUCAUAGUGAAUAAAGUGCAAGAUCCCCGAAGAAGCAGAAGACAAAUAGAAUUAAAUCAGUGUUACCAUCACGAAGAGUAUUCCCUCACCACCACAAACUGAAAAGAACAAAAUGCAAUCUGCAAUGAAAGUAGCUUCAGAGCACAUGCCGGGGCGAAGGGGAAGGAAACCAGGAAGAAAACGAAGACAGGAACUCCUUCAAUCAGCUUAUAAACUGGCUGCCCAGAGCACCUCAGUUGCUCCGUCCAAAUCCAUCCUUCCACUGAAGAUACCGAAAAAGAGAGGACCAAAGCCUGGAAGCAAGAGGAAACCCCGUAUUCCACAAAAUCCUCCACCGAUCUCACCAACCUUAAGCACUCCGGAGCCGGACACUGGCACUGUUCCUCAGGAUGCAGCCACUGUUCCCAGUUCGGCCAUCUCCCAAGCAUUGACAGUAUGCAUUUAUGUCAAUAAACACGCCUGUGCUGGUCCACACCUUGACAAAAAGAAGUUGCAACUGCUUCCGGAUCAUUUUGGACCUGCAAGAGCAUCGAUGGUCCUGCAGCAGGCUGUUCAAGCAUGCAUUGACUCUGCCUAUCAGCAAAAAGCUGUCUUCUCAUGUCUCAAGCAAGGGCAUGGUGGGGAACUGAUAUCAGCUACCUUUGAUGGCGAGCAGCACACUCUGAGCUUGCCAGCUGUGAACAGCAUUGUCUUUAUCCUGCGCUUCCUGGAGAACCUCUGCCACAGCCUGCACUGUGACAACCUGUUCAGCAGCCAGCCCUUCACCAUAUACAACACAACUUUGCACACUCCUGUGGAAUAUGAAAACGACCGGAUGCAGGGAGCUGAAGCUGGGAUCUCAGAGGAUGAACUAAUGGAACCAAUAGAGCACAGGUACGGAGUGGAUUCAAUGGACUCUCCUCUCCACUCAAUCAAUCCCCCAAGUCCAUCAAGGCGUAACUCUGGAGAGUACAGGAGUGUAGGGAGCACCUCGUACAGCUAUCGCUCAUCCUUCCAGGCUGCUUCUGGACCUCCCUCCGCAGGCUUGCGCCGACUUUCCUCAAAUCCCAGUGGGGGGGGAAGCUUUUACGAAGGGAAAGGGAACAAUAACACAGCGUCUAAUCCCACUGCAGGCUCUGAACGACAUAUGCUUCCUCCAGACCUGCUACGGUCAAUGAGCAGGGAUCCCUCAGCCUGGACUGUGGCAGACGUGAUGCGCUUUGUCAGGGAAGCAGACCCACAGGCGUUGGCCCCGCAUGCAGAGCUUUUCCGAAAACAUGAGAUUGAUGGGAAUGCUUUGAUCCUGCUGAAGAGUGACAUGAUAAUGAAGUACAUGGGACUGAAGCUGGGUCCAGCCUUGAAGCUCUGCUACCACAUUGACAAACUGAAACAUGGCAAAUUCUAACUCAAGGUGCAGCAGUUUUGCAAUGCGAGCUGCUGACUGUUAAGCCAAACCUUCCCAGGUUGUGUGAAGGAGCACCAGCACUCGAAAACCCCUCUCUUGCUGUCCUUCAGUAAUAAUCCGGUGCCUGUGGUGGAGAGGAAUUUGAAGGAAUUUUAGAGGUACCCAAACUCAAGUGCUAGUUUCUGGGCAACUUCACUAUUUGCCCUUUGCACACACUUGGACACACAUACUCACACUCUCACACGCACACAAAUACUUUCAGAGCAGUAUUGGUCCUGAAGUUUUAAUCACAGGUGCUGGAGUGAAAGUACCUGACAGUAUAUAUGUGUUUGACUUUGCAUCUUAUCCUCUCCCUGUGGACUACCCUCUCCUGAGUGAGUAGAAUCAUUGUAUAGACGUCAGAUAGAAAGAAAAACCAAGCAGUGACCAUUAUGUAGCAUGUACAGUACCGCACCAAGAAUUUAUAGUCAUAAUGUAAUUUUAAUUCGAAGUAU